UCCUGGGGCAGAGCAUGCAAUCAGUUCGCAGGGAGCAGCCGCAGCCACAGGAAAGAUGCAGAAGCAGAAUCAGAAGGAGCACCUCUACAAGCUGCUGGUGAUUGGGGACCUGGGAGUGGGCAAAACCAGCAUCAUCAAACGUUAUGUCCACCAGAACUUCUCCCCCCAUUACCGGGCCACCAUUGGAGUGGACUUUGCCUUGAAGGUGCUGAGCUGGGAUGCUGACACCGUGGUACGGCUGCAGCUCUGGGAUAUUGCGGGUCAGGAAAGAUUUGGAAACAUGACCAGGGUAUAUUACAGAGAGGCCAUGGGGGCAUUUAUUGUCUUUGAUGUUACGAGACCUGCAACAUUUGAAGCAGUGACAAAAUGGAAGGAGGAUUUGGACUCUAAGUUGGUUCUUCCAAAUGGAAAACCUGUGCCGACAGUCCUCUUAGCAAACAAAUGCGACCAGGGAAUAGAUGUUCUCGUGAACAACGGCAUCAAGAUGGAUCAGUUCUGCAAAGAGAAUGGGUUCGUGGGCUGGUUCGAAACAUCAGCCAAGGAAAAUAUAAACAUCAAUGAAGCUUCCAGAUGCUUGGUGAAACACAUAAUUGCGAGUGAGAGUGAUCCAGUUCAGUCUAUUGAACCAGAUAUUAUAAAACCACACUUGAAUUCCUCCAAGAUUGUCAGUUGUUCAGCUUGCUUUAAAUCCUAAGAGACUUCCAGACUAUUACACAACCUGAACAGCUAUGAUUCAGGAUUUAUAUUUUAUCCAACGUACCCAUCCUGUCCAGAUUUUCCAUAAGCAGAUUGUCAUUUUCUCAAAAAUAUACUUAAUUUUUUCUGUAAUUUUUUGACAGCUAAAAUUUAUUAUGAGCUGUUCUUUGAUAGCAACUAUUCAAAACUGUCUUUGGCUAUUGGUCAAAUAAGAUUCACGGUGACGGCUGUGUUUGCCCAGUUGGGUAGCACCACCAGUGAUAACAAAACCUAUUUCCUUGCAGUGUGGUUUCUGAAAGCUCCUAUCUGUGAUGUGACUGCAGCAAGACCCUACUUGCCCAUUGGUCCUCUGGCCUGUCUUCUCAGUACCUUGACCAGGCAACCAUCAUCAUUAUACCAUUUUGUCAUCCCUCAAACUUGAGUGAUCUUGUUUCGUAUAAGGAAGAUGAUGACAAUGAAAAUAUAGCUGUUCAGAAAGAGGCAACAAGAAUGCCCACACUGAAAUCUUCCCAUUGCAAGUUCAGUCUCCUGGAUGAAGUAGCAGGACUGAACACGAAGCAACUUUUCACAUCAUUCAGUUCUCCAGAAAAUACCAAGUUCUGAGACUGAACCUUGAUGCAGUAUUGGCUCCCUCUUUCUGAAGAGUUACACUCUCAUAGUUGUUAGCAUCGUCUUCAGAUGAAGCAAAAUGGAACAAGUUAAGGGUGAGGGGUGACAAAAUGGGGCAUCAGGGGUACAGUCUCAUAGGUGAAGCAGCUGAGAGUUCUCAGAAAGGUUAUCUAUUCUAUAAAGCCAGCAUUUCCUCUGAAAAACGCUGAUUUUGUUCCUGCCUCUCCAUCCAUCAUGCCACAGAUUUCUCUUUGUGUUUAAACUAUGUAUAUUCUACAGGUCCCUGAAUGCAUCCCUCCAUUACAUUGAUUCUCAUGGGAAAAUUCACGAUCCACACUAUAAAGUAAUAGCGGAACUUUUCAGGAAUGCAUCUGUCGAAUAGUAGGGUAUUUGCUUUCUGAGAACAUAAACCCCACAAUUGUAUGAAUGAUCACAGGAAGCAAAAUGAAACAGUCCUAAGAAACACUCCUGGAAUAUGUGCAGAAUUUGCUCAGCUAUGCUGUGGAAAUGAAGUGGUUGAUUUUCAGAGCCUCACAAAACAUGCAGAUUGGUGGGGCUGCUCAGACAAGUGUACCUAGACAAGAAGUCUUGACCUCUGGUUGCAAGUCCCUGCAAGACAAACUUUGCCUGUCUCCUGCCACAGACAAAUCACUUGCAUUUUCUGUUCCUACUCAGCCUUUUCCUUCCUAAGCUGUGAAUUCUCAGCGGCAGGAGCUGUCUUCUGAGAUGGGUUUCUCUCCUUAGAGGUGUGUAACACUGUGGAGCGGAAGAGGCAGAACCUCCUGGUGUCUUGUGUUUGCAGGCGUCAGUACAAUACUUCACUGAACACUUAGCUGGAACUGAAGGAGUGAAACUCUCAAAGGCUAGUAAAUAGGUGUUGGGUAGGAAAAAUGAAAAAAAAACCCACCCAACUAAAAUCCUCAAAAUGACCUUACCCUGUAAGAGCUAUGGGGUUCGUGUGCCUCUGAAGUUCAUCCCAUUCUUGGUGGUGUUAGGUUUACAGCUGGACUUGAUGAUCUUAAAGUUCUUUUCCAAACUAAAUGAUGCUAUGAUUAUACCACUAACUGAUCUGUUACUGUAGAGGCACUGCAGAGGAGAGCCAAGGACAGAGACAGCCCUUUAUGUGCUCUUCCUAAAGCCUUACAUCAAUAUAUGCUUGUCACAGAAUUUUAGAAUAAGAGAUCAAGAUCUGUGUUUUAAAAGUAAAAAUUGACAUUGAAAAUUAAUCCACAUGCACAUAUACAUGUAAGGAUCCAUAUAUAUCAUGAGCUGGCUUCCUUUGAAGAGAGUAAUUUUCAAGUUGUCUUGAUUGCAGUGCUGUCCUUUAACACCUGUGUUAAACAUCCUUUAACAGCUGCUGUGAUGUGGGUUAAAUAACCUUUCUGCCUCAGUUUCCUCACCUGUAAAAUAGGGAUUGAUGUACACACCUACCUCACAGCACUCUUUGAAAGUUGCUGUUGGCAUUGUGCUCUGAAGAUAUAUGUUAUACAAAUGCCAAGCUCUCUUACUGCUCAGAAUGAAAUAUGAGUGCCCUCUAGCAUAAAUACAUGGUGCUGUAAUGCCUUAAUGUUCUAAAUCUAUCCAGGGCUGGCUUCUCUGUGCUGCAACAAUUAGCUUCAAUUAUUCCACCUCAGUUAACCUAGUCGAGGUUAUAAAGCGAUGUGUGAUUGCAUGGGAUCAUUAGAUUAACUGCAGAUGGGUUGCAAACAGAAACUGUGGCUGCAUAGAUGUCAUGGUACUAGUUUCAAAAUGUCAGUAACAAAGCUGCAAUUCAGAAGUAGUGCCAGGUCAGUAAUUUCAAAUAUAAAGCAUUAUUUAAGUCAAGUUGUAUGGAUGCCUUAUGAAGGGUAACUGUUCACACCUUGAGCCAACACUGUGGGGAACACCAGCACCUCAGAUGGCUUCCAAAGGGUUAAGUUUUCAUCAUUUGAACCCAAUACUUUACUUAUAAAUCUGGAUGCCUCAGGUGAAGCAGACAAAGCUGUCAUUUCUUCCAAAAAAUAUUUUGUUGCUCAACUUGCAAUGAGCAUAGCAGCUGCUAAUGUGUUUUAGUUAUAUUCAGAUCACUUGUCUUUUGUGGCUUGUAGCCAAUAUUCAUUAGUUAUAACGGUAACUUUCAUUUUCAUUUUGACAGCUAUGGCUAAAGAUCUGGUAUAACAGUAAUUAAAAAACCCCACAUAAAUAAAACACCACAAUAUAGAACAUUUUUUUUUCUUCACUCUAUUGUAUAAACCUUCUUUAAACUAUGAACUCAUAAUUUAUUCCCUUUGAUUCUGAUGUGUCAGGUUUCACUGCAGUUACAGUUGUUGGGCAGAAUUUCCACCUCUGGGAGAUGGUGGACAGAGUUUGGCUAAUUUCUACACUAAGGAUUGUAUAAGCUGUAAGUUCUGAAGUUAUACAUACUUACACCAUAAGUAUUAGAACAGUCUCAUGAAAAAUCAGGCCUCCUUAGGAGGUUACAUAAUUCCAAAUAUUCAUUUUUAUUUGUACUGAAGUGAUAAAAAUCUGUCAAGUCUCUUUCUAUAAUGCAAUAAAUGUGUGAAUGCCACCUGGGUAUCUAGCAAACAGAGCCUUUUUAGAAGGGGUUGUCAUAGGCAGGCCAGAAUAAAAAUUUUAAUUUGUGCCAGUACCCUUUCAGGAACAAAUAUAAAAUGUAAUUAUACUCUGUCAGUCCCUAACAGGUUGGAUUUCCUCAGUUUUUAUUGAUAUAUUCUGUGUUAUGUCCUCUUUGCUCAUCAUUAGGGACCAGUAUCUUAAUUGCAUGGCGAUUUCAAAAUUAAAUAUUUUCCCCUUCUGUUUACAAUAAGUAAUAGAAAACACAAGUCUCUAUUGCCUUCCAAGUGGGCAAAGAUACUGCAAAGUGGAUUUAAAAUUAGAUUCCAUUCUAUUUCUCCAUAACCAACCCCCUGAGAGUCCCAGCACCUAGAACCACAAGCUGAUGGGUAGAUGAGGUGCCAGGCAUGAGACACCAGCCUGAAACACUCAUGAAAAGUGUUUCUUGAGCAUUUCCACCCGAAGGCUUCAUUUUCCAGCUCAUCCACAACACUAGUAACAACAGGAUGUACUUCAUUUUCCGUCUUAGAAGCUCCAUACAAAAAAAAAAAAAAAAAUAUCAUGAUCUACUGAACUAGAUACCUUGGGAAGCAUAUACUUACUACUGAUAGGAAAAUGGAUGGAGUGAAAGGCAAAUAUUACUCUAUUAUUACAGAAAGAUCAUAUUUUAUUUGACCAAGUUGAGCUUUCAACAAAAGUCACUUAGACUCUGAAAAAUCAGGCUCUGUAUCUUCUUAUGCACCAUUUUUUUUUAGAUCACGUACGUUCAUUGAACUUUUCUAUUCAGGAAUCGUUUUUCCCAACAGUACCUUGAGUAUGCAGCUUGAAUUGUUGUAUAUCAAUAUUAUCUUUUCAGAUUUUUAUUUUUUUUUGGGGAGGGGGCUUCUAU